GGCGCCGGCGCCAGCUGAGAUAUUUCUGAGCAGAUCAGCAUCUAGGGGUUUUACAUUUAUUGAAGAGGAUGUCGAGGCGCAGUGAUCGUUUGCAAGCCAAGCAGGCAAAAUCAGAGGAACAAAAGGAUGACACCAUUCAGUCAAAGAAAAGGAAACCCGAAGAAUGUAGUGAUCAUAACCAUGAAACAGAAGUGAGCAAGAGACGACAACAGUUCCAGAUACAGAGUUGCUGGACACCUAUAGUACCUGGAGGUGUUAGUCCUUGCGUCCUUAUCCCCACGCCACACAAAGAUGCUGAUGUCACUGAAGACUUUUCCAGGUUCUCACAAUAUAGGUUUAAAAACCUAUUUCUAACCAAAUCACCUCUACCACCUCUUAGCUGGGGAAGCUCUGAAGAUGUGUGGUCAAAUAUGAUGGAAAAGGAAAUCAAGUAUACUCACAACAAAAAUGUUCUCUUGCUACAUCCAUCCUUGCAGCCGAAAAUGAGAGCAAUUUUAUUGGAUUGGCUCAUAGAGGUUUGCGAGGUCUACACGCUCCAUAGAGAAACCUUUUACCUUGCUCAGGAUUUUUUUGAUCGGUUCAUGUUUACUCAAGAGAAUAUACAUAAAAGCAAACUGCAACUCAUUGGCAUCUCCUCACUGUUCAUUGCCGCAAAACUGGAGGAAAUCUACCCUCCAAAAUUGAAUGAGUUUGCAUAUAUCACAGAUGGUGCAUGUACAGAAACUGAAAUACUUGAUAUGGAAUUGAUCAUUUUAAAGGCCUUAAACUGGGAGCUGUGUCCAGUGACUAUUAUUUGCUGGUUGAAUCUUUAUCUUCAAAUUAUCUGUUUAAAAGAGAUACCGAAAAUGUCGCUACCGCAGUAUUCUCAAGAAACUUUUAUACAGAUUGCUCAGCUUUUAGAUCUGUGUAUCCUUGAUGUUGAGAGUUUGAGUUUCCCAUAUGGUGCUUUAGCUGCUGCUGCUGUGUGCCACUACACAUCUACAGAAGACACUUUCAAGGCAUCAGGCCUGGAAUGGGACAGCAUCUCUGCAUGUUUUAACUGGAUGGUCCCUUUUGCUAAAACCCUGAGUGAAGGUGAGCCAAUAAAAUUAAGAGAUUUCAAGCAAGUGACAGAUGAAGACAGACACAACAUCCAAACGCAUACUAAGUACUUAGAUUUGCUGGAGGAAGCGCACAUUAGGAAAGCAGAGUGUACUGCAAGGCUAUCCCCUGUGUCCAUAGGAGGAAUCCUGACUCCACCUAAAAGUACUGAGAAGCCAUUGGCUGGUUCAACAUAUUGAAUGAAUGAAUGAAUUUACUGGAAGAGCAAAAAGCUGGGACUCAAUAUUGGAGAACUGUGGAAUUGCAUACUGUGAGCUUGGGCUAUAUUACUGCCACAAAAGGUAUCUGGAAACUUGAGCAGACCAAAGUUUUUAAUUUUAUAUAAAAAAAACUACAGCAAUGCAUCAUCUAAUGUUUUAAAGUUGUUUUUAAAGAGCAAGUAAGCUAGAUACUAGCACCAGAACAACACUCUGCUUCUGCCCAAGGGACUAAUCUGUUGGGACUAUUUGAGGAAGGGGGAAUAACUAACAAGAGCCAGUGAAGUUCAUUUGAUGGUGAACCAUAAUUUCUGUUCAGUCUGCACAUCAAAAGGUGACUUGAGCCAAUCCAUUUAACUUCAAUUACUUUCCUCUGAAGAAAUAUGAAAACCUGCUAAUUCUGAACAGUUGAAAGACCAGUGGACAGUUUCAUCAGAAAUUCCAGAAAGCAGAGUUAUGAGAUUUGAAUUCUUGGCAGAAAGUAUUAUGAAACUGAACUGUGAAACUUAGUGUUUUAGAUGGGAGAUUUGAAUCUGUGAGGGAGCAGAGAUUUGCCUUCCAUGUUUACAAUGGAGGGAAAGACAUCUUACAACUUGCAGCUAGCUUUCAUGUCUUUCUCCUCCCAAUAUUUUGCAGCCAUAGUUCAGCACAUUGUUGAAGGACCUCAUUCAUCGUUGAUGUAUGUUUUUACAUACCAUCUUUUAAGCUACGACUGUGAAUGACAAAUGCUCACUUGGAUGAAAUAUUAGUCCGUGUUGGGGAAAAAAUCUACUUCCAACUACAUUCCAAUAUGUACACCAACUUUUUAUGACAAUUGAUGCAUGCUGGCACUAACUGUACAUAUAGUUUUUGUACUUUAAUUUUUAAAUGCAGGGCUACACUUUGGACCUGUACUGGUGCUGUUUUCCUCUUUCAGAAUGGUUAAAUACUGGACUCUUAAGUGGAUGACUAAACUGGGUAGUGGUUUCUUGCUGAGGGAAAUGUAAUCUGCACAUACAUGUGUUGUGCAGGUAUGAGAGUGGAGAGUUCUGUUCGAGCUCUAAUUUGUAUAUACGGCAAUGUCUAAACGGAACCAUGUACAAUAAGAUUUUGUAUAGUUGGUACAUAAACUAUUAGCAUUUCACAGCAAUUCAUGCCUCACAGCUGGACUAAACAACUGAAAUUUCACUGCCAAAGAGAAACCUACAUGAUUUUAAUGUAUUAUUGUAAAUAGCUUUGUAAAAAUGUACAGGAAUUACAUAGCUACUGCUACAUAGCUAUCCAACACCACUAUAAAAAUACAUUUUCAAUGCUCUAAGAAAAUAUGAACAUUUGAAAUGUAAGCUAAAUACCAGCUGGAUGUCUUUAACUGUAUGUAUUAAGAUGCAGUACUAUGAAAUAAAUACUAGGUGCU